AUGUCUAACGAAAAUGUCCCUCCUACUAUCCCGGGCACUGUUCCGUCCGCUGCGCAAGAUCAAAUCAAUCUUCCUUUCGAUGCUAUCAAAGAAAGCAUCACUCCAGUUCACCCAAUCUCCGCCGGAGAAAACACCCAGGCCAAAAUCCGUACCCAAGUUCUCCGUGGAGCGGACCACCUCACUGGGCUAGCCCGUCACGAAUUCAAACGCGACGGUGACUUCGGAGCACCUCUUCCCAAUCCACCUGGUUUCGAAAACUCAAUUCCUCCUACCACCGGCCCAGCCAAUACCAAAGCCUCAGAACUCGACAACAACAUUUGCAAAGCCGAAUGGUACAAGUCUCUCGUCAACUGGCCAUUCCCAUACCUCUUCGAGAACUUCCACCAAGGAUUCCUUGACGCCAAAACCAACACUAUCAAUAUCGAGCUUACCACUGUCACCAGGUGUAUCAACUUCAUUGAAGACUGUGGGAUUCCUCAACAGGCCUGGGAAGCUCAUGCCUACAACGAAGGUGUUAAGUUUGGGAAGACAUAUAUGGCUGACAGAAUCGACACCAAGACCCGCGUUGUCACUGAAAAAUUCGACUAUGACAACAUCCCUGGUGUUGCUCGACCGAAGGAGUACCCUCGUGGAGGAUUUAAGCAAUUUGCCAAGCGAAGGGAAGCUGAAGAACGGGAGGCGAGGAGGAAGAAUAUGAACUUUGUUGAGAAAGGGUGGGAUAGUACUAAGUUUGGUGCUAAGAAGGCUUGGAAGAAUAGGAAGCAGAUUACUGAAUGCAAGGUUACUUGA